AAGUGUCCCGUUUGCUCUUUUGACCUGUGUACAAACUUUGAGAAAAUUUUUAUUAAAACUAAAGCUUUUAGUUUUUGUAAUGUAUUCAAAACAUUAUAAAAGCAAAUUACUUUUGCAUAAUGAUGACUCAAGAAUGCAACGAGUGUAUUUACACAGCUCGACAGUAGGACGAACUGCACCGGAAAGGCUUUAAAAUUGUGGAAAUAAUACCGAAGUUUCGCUUUAAUCGAGGCUUAAAUGCUGGGUUUAAAGACAGUGUAGUCACUAGUGUAAACUAGUCUGGCAUUAUGUCCAAAGAAGUGCUUUUGGAUUUAAGCUUUCUUACCGAAGCUGAACGGGAUCUAAUCAGCAACGUAAUUGCUAAAGAUGCUGAUAUCAGAAAGCAGGAACAGAAUAGAAUUGGCUCUCUGAGGAAAGAUUUAGACGAUCUCAAAGAAAACGGACUUCUAGAAGCGGACAUUGAAUCAAAGAAUGAGAGCUAUUGUGCCAGGUGCCAGACUUACUUCGGUAUCCUUUUCAACAGGGGAGCUUACUGCCCGAGAUGCGAGUUAAAAGUCUGCAAAGUUUGCCGUGUGAAUGACAUAGACGACGGCUGGAUUUGCACGUUAUGUAGUAAAGUGAGGGAGGUGAAAGCACAAUCUGGUGCAUGGUUUUUUCAAGGCCAUAAGCAAAGAAAUGGCCAACUCUUUGGCAGCAUGUUGGUGAGGCAAUCAUUACGAAGACAUCCUGGUAGUCAAUCGAAACCUCAAAACGAUAUCCAUUCAAGAUACCCUCCACCUAAAGAAGAGUAUGAUGAAGCCAGUAAUCCUUUCCAUGCAGAUGAAGGUACUGCUGACAGCCCAGGGGGCAAUCGACGACAAAGCUCUGAUAGACUGUCCGGAAAUGCUGUCUUUAAUCACAACCAUGCACAAAGUAAUGGAGGUGGAACGAUGGGUUUUCCAUAUUCAGAUGACUCAGACGUUGAUAGUGAACAAGGAAGUCAUAACACUGCAUCGGAUAAAACUUCCUCUAAAGGUGAGUCAGAGAGUAGUGAGAGUUUGGAUAAUGAUCACGAUGAGCCCUUCGAAACCGAUGACGAUCAUUGGAGUCCAAUGGUCACGUCACGUGCUGUCGAACCGCGAUUGGAGGAGAAACCUCUUAGCCUAACACAUCAAGGAAGGGCAGGUGAUGUGCAGCAAGGGUCAUUUGGGGAUGUUGGGCAUGGACUGGGAAUAUCUAAGGACACGAAAGAUGAUCCCCUAAGCCUCGAUAAGGGUGCAUCUAUGGAACAAAAAAGUGACGGUAGUGUGGCGGGGAAAAAGCUGCUAAGGUACACUAAGAGUGAUGAAGGGCUACCUAGGGACAAGGAGAAGGUUCGCAGUCGUCCCACAAGCUUAAUUACGGAUGAAGAUAUGUCUUACGUAUCCGCUCCAAGGUUUGAUAUUCCUUCUAAACGAAGACACUUUUCCAGCAGCGAGGAUUUAAAAGUAAAGCCUCAAGCAUCCUCUGAAAAAGCCGAUAGUGAAAGCCAUCGCUCAAGAUACGAAGGACAAGUAGGAAGGUAUAAAGAAAACUUGGAUCAUCAACUUUUAAGCGAUGUUACGGUUGAAAGUGAAGAUUUAAGGAGCAAACGAAAAAAUGAAGAUUUAGAUUAUGUUUUCGACAAUACAUUUGAAAUGGAAAAGGAUAAUUUUCGGACUGAUUGGAAAGGUCAAAACGUGACUGUUAUUUCCGAAGAUUCUACUCCGAGGGAUUCUGGAAGUGGUUUAGAGGGUGAAAAUAUGGCUGAGGUGUUUGGGUCGGGCAAAAAAGCUUAUGAUCUCGGUUCAGACUUACCAGCUAAGAUGCAACGUGAUUACGAGGAUGUUAGUUCCACAGAGGCUGAUGUUUGCCAGCCCGCUUCCAAAGUUGAAUUAGAGAUUGAUGAAGUAUCUCAAGACGGUGUGGAACUUGAUGUCGGCUUACAUGAAGUUUUGGAACGUGAGCAAAAUGAGGCUGUUAUCGAAAGCUCGCCUGAAAUUGAUCGCGAGGAAUCCAGCCAAAUGUACACUGAACCAGUUUCUCCCAAUGUUGCAUUUGGAGAUGAUAAUGAAAGUGAUAACGGGAGUUUAACACAUCAAGGUGCCUCUGAGAGUUUUAACACCGAACAAUUUGAUAUCGGGAGUGAUGACUUUUCCACAAAGGGGAAUGGCUUUUCGACCGCAAGUGAAGUCCGAGGGGACAUGAAUACCGUUUCGCGCUCUACGAAUGAUGGUGCUCGUAAAGGAUUUAUCGUAGAGGUUCCUACAAGAGAUAUUCCCGGAAAUCAUGACAAAGAUGAUGAUGACGAUAAAAAUACAGAUGUUCUCUCCGUAUUAUCGCGGAUUAAAAACUGGGAAACGAAAUCAAAAGAAGAUCGUUUUGGGAGAAGCCCCGAGAAGGCUCCGAAAACCUUGGACAUCAGUUUCGGCAAAGAUGAAAAAAUCAGUCCCAGUAAGAGGUAUGAAAUUUCAAUCAAGUCGAGCGGGAAUGAAGAGGCUUUUGUGUCUAAUAAAGAGAGUACAGACGUGGGAAAACAAAGUAAGGAUCUUUCGGGGAUAGACGACGCUUAUGAGGGACACUUGGGAGUUGGCGAUGCCGGGAUGAAACAUGGUUACCAACCCGAGGAGGUUAAGACUGAAGCAACUCUGAGUUUGGAAAAAACUGAAGUCAUAUUACAAGAGGAAUUGCCUCAGAAUGACACAAGUAUCGGUGAUAUCAGCCGAGCUGAUGCCUCUCAAAGUGACUUUACAACUGAUCAUACUGAGGUCGAAGCAACUCUGAAUUUGGAGGCACCUGGAGUCACUGACAUGGAGGCAGAGAAUAGUGACGUCCGCCCCGAUCUAACCGAUCCAUAUGAAUUUCCUUCUGAGGAACCUACGUCUCUGAAUUUGGAUGAAAAUAAUAAAGUGGAAUUACUGGAGCAAUCGUCUGAGAUUAGUGGUACAAGUGUUGGUAACCUGGGCCCUCGUGAGCCAAGUCAAAGUGACUCGGAGAAUGAGUCCAUAACAGUGGAAACAUCUCUGAAUUUGGAGAAAAGUGGCGUGGAAUUGCAACAGGAGUCUUCUGACGAGAAUGAAAUAGACGCUGAAGACUUGAGCUCGGAUGUUAAAUCUAAACUUCCGUCUGAAGACAUCGCAUUGACAGCGCCCGAAUACGAGAGUUUUAGCGAUGAUACCCAGUUCAAAAACGAAGAAGAUUUAGACGUACCUCUAGCAGGCAAUGCCAUUCAGCGGGAACUAAACGAGAAAGGCAUAGACCAUGAACUUAGCUCAGAGACUAAAUCUAACAUUGACAUAAACUCUUCAAAUACUCAUAGUAGUUUUAUGUCCGGCGGUAGUUUUACUGCCAGCUCACCUUUGAAAUCUGAUACAUUUGUAGACAACGAAGCGACGCAGUUCCCGGCGAAAGACGAUAACGGGCCCAAUCCCUUUGAGUCCGAUGAGGACGAUGCGGAAGGGCCUGGGAGCGAAAAAGAAGCUUUUGGCGAUGUUGAUGUUCGCCCAGAAAUAUCAAUGACAAAUCAAAGCAACCGCUCCGAGCCACGUGAUCUCGCCGAGGAAAAAAGCGUCCUUCCAGCUAGCGAUAAGGCACCGCCGUCGCCCGAUAGCCGAAUGGAUGCGAUGCAGGCGUUCUCGGAAACCUUCGCUAGCGUUGACGUCAGUAUGAGAAGAGAUGAGUCGCGUGAAGAUGAAAUUGAUGAUCUCGAUAAGACACUGAGCGACGAUAUUCGCGCCGGUGAAGAAACUCUCGAAUAUCCCGGAAGCCUCGAGGAAGAGGAACGUGGGUACCACGCGAGCACCCCUCGCGAUGAUCGUGGGUACCACGCAGUUCAAGAUGCUAGCGAAGACCGUGAUCAGUCAAGUCAAGUCUCUCUCGAGGAUCGUGGGCAUGAUGUGGAUGACGAGGAACGCGAAUAUCAAGCGGGUCAAGGCGCUGGAGGGGAAACUGAAUAUCGCGAAGAUUCUGACCGCGAACUCACGCAUGAAUAUUCCCCGAAUAAAGAUCACUCUGGGGCACGCGCGGAUCGUGCAUCUCACGAGGGUAGCGAGGGUCAGGACUCGCGAAGAUCCUCCGACCUUCAUUACGAAGGAUCUCAUGGCGACAGUGAAUCGAUGAUCUCCGACACGUCUGGUUAUUACGGCACUCCUUACGCUAGUGAAGACACAGCUUCUAAACGAACACCUUCAAUUUCAGGUGACGACGGAGCGGGUGCAGACGACGCAAGAAGACCGCCUUCGGAAAGUGCACCAAUAAUCGUGACUACUGGUGCUUCCGAUGACUUUCGGAAGGGCAAUAAGGACAAUAACAACCGCAAUUCAUCCAUCACCGAUUAUGAAGAGGAUAUCGACGUCUCCUUCUCGAAGUAUGGAGGGGGACUGGGAAACAGAAUGUUGAAGGAUCAAUUGAGUAUGGGCAGUCGAGAAAGUAUUGUUAGUUACUACAGCAACGCUGGUGGUGAGGUCUAUGGUAAAUAUGCUGUGAGUGGCGAGAUCAUGUUUGGAAUAAAAUACGAUCCAAAGAUUAAAGAGUUUCAGAUUCAGAUUCAUCAAGCCAGGAAUAUCACUCCCGUGGAUAAGAAAUCUGAGACAUCAGAUCCUUAUGUCAAGACUUACUUAUUGCCUGACAGAAGUAGAACUGGAAAAAGAAAAUCGAAAGUGAAAAAGCAUACUAUCAAUCCUGUGUUUGAUGAAAUACUCAGUUACAAAAUCUCUUACGAUGAAAUCCUGCAGCGAACACUUUGGCUUGCCGUUUGGAACCACGAUACAUUUGGUCAUAAUGAUUUCUUGGGUGAAGUUCUGGUUCCCAUCGACCAAUACCAUCAGUCAGGAUUUAGUCUUGAAGACCCCGAGCCUCAGUGGUACGACCUUUGUGAACGACAAGCAGAUGACCCACAGUUAUGUUACAAUGGAGAGAUUGUGUUUGCUUUGAAGUUUGUCCCGCCCUCGGCGCUCGUGGAGAGCUCUAAGAAGAAGAAGAAGAAGAAAAAGUCCGAAGACGAGAAGGGAGAACUUCAUGUAAAUAUCAUCGAAGCAAGCAACCUCCUAGCUAAAGAUUCUAACGGUUUUUCUGAUCCAUUUUGCAAAAGUUAUCUGCUGCCAGACAAAAGUAAGAAAACCAAACAGAAAACGCCUGUUGUGAAGAAAAGUCUAAAUCCAAAGUGGAACCACCACUUUGUCUACGAAAACGUGACGCAUGAAGAACUCAUGGACAGAGUUCUCGAGCUGACGAUUUGGGAUUUCGAUCGGGGGUCUAGUAACGAGUUUCUCGGCGGUGUACGUUUAGGACUGGGGACUGGUCUUAAGGAAUGGGACGACUCUACGUCCGAGGAGCAAGCCGCUUGGAAUAAGAUGUUGAAUCAUCAGAAUGAUUGGAAUCAGGUCACUUUGAUCCUACGUGAGCACAUGGGAAGCCAUAAGUCAACCGGAUUUCUUUCGAACACUGGACUGGAUCCAAACUUAGUGGAGAUUAAACCAGUCAGACCGCCUCUGGAUCCAUAUCUCACGGAAAAAUUAUCCCAGUCUCCCGAUCAGGAGCUGAUAAGACAUCACGAGUACCACAGUCCACAUGAAUCCAAGAUUGCGUUGGCGAUGAGAUUGUCGAACGAUAAAUCAAAGAAAGAGACGCCAGAGCCUCCCUCCUCUGGCGCCAGGACAAUGACCUUGGCUGAACUUGCAAGUUUAGGCCCCAAGAACAAGGAAAGGUCCACAUCAUCACCAACAAUUAAUUCCGAAGCGCCGCGAUCCUCCACCCACCCAUCCGCUACGUCCAACCCCGCGCCUAUCAUAACCACUCCAGAAGUGGAAGAAAUAUCCACAGAUACGGACACAGCUGCUGACCCUCUGGUCCGUCAUAGCGAGUUCUACAAAGGUUCGACUACGGUGAUGCGUCGUCCCUCCUCAGACAAUCAACUCUUCUCUCAAGAGCCCAGUGAACGUGGUGGUUCUACACUCUCUGAUUUAAUACAGCAAAAGGAUCGCGAUAAUGAUAGUCUUCUCGGAAGCAAUCUGAGCGUCGACAACGAAUGGAUGGGAAGCCGUGAAAGUAUUUACAGCAACGACGGUGUAUAUGGCAACAAUGACGUCAACGGAGAGAUAUCGAUUAGUUACCAGUAUUUCAAAGGGAAUUUUAAAAUUAAAAUAUUUGAAGCGCGUGGUCUGACCGCCGUCGACAAAACACAAAACACAUCAAAUCCAUACGUCAAAGUAUACCUGCUGCCAGAUCAAAGUCGGACUGGAAAACGGAAGACAAAAAUGAAAUAUGGAACACUUGAUCCCGAGUACAAUGAAGAAAUGCUGUAUAAAAUAAGCACGUCCGAGUUGAUAAGACGUACAAUUUGGGUCAGUGUCUGGCACUAUGAUAGAUUUGGAAGAAAUGAGUUUCUGGGUGAAACGAGAAUUCCUUUGGGAGAUUAUCAAGGUUGCGAAGUAGCGCCGGACUGGUACCCAUUAUUGCCUAAUCAGUCCAAAUCAAGCGAUAAUGACCAAGGUCAACUUGUGGUUGCCUUAAUGUACUCCCCUGCAGACAAGAAACGAAAAUCUGGACAGGGAGCUGGUAAACUUUACGUGAAAAUGAUUGAGGCAAGAAACCUUCCUGGCAAGGAUGCUGAUGGCUUGUCUGAUCCAUUUUGCAAGAGCUACCUCCUGCCUGACCCUCAGAAAAAAAGCAAAAGAAAAACUCCUGUGAAAAAACGAAACUUAAAUCCCCGAUGGGAUUACAAAUUUACAUACGACAAUCUUACGUUGGACGAACUUCAACAUCGUGUCCUUGAGUUGACCGUUUGGGAUCACGAUAUAGGAACUAGUAACGACUUUCUAGGAGGAGUACGGAUAGGCUUGGGAACUAGUGAUGCAUCAUGGGACGAUUGCACUGGGGAGGAAGUGAACCUUUGGCAGUUUUUGUUGUCAAAGCCCAACACAUGGGCUGAGAGUACAUUGCCCCUAAGAAGUGAAAUGGGCAGCAGGAAAGGUUUACGGACUUAGGAACUGUGAUUUGUGUUGCCCGUGAGUAGUUUUGGAGAGUAUAUUUUCUAAUUAUUGGCAUGAUUGAAUGAGCCAAUAGAUGAGCCUUCGCGAAAAGGAUCUUAAUAGUUUAUUAAUUUUAUUGAUCUGUCGAACUAUCUAGAAGUUUCCACAACGAAAACCGGGAUGGUUGAAAAAUACAAGAAAUGAUAUUUGACUCUUUUGAGAGAAUGAGAAAUAAAUUAUUAUCUGUCUACG